AGGCGAAAUCGGUGAUCGUAAUUGGUUAUUCAAAGCAGCGACGAAGUCCUCUGUCAUCAACGUUAUGUCACGGAGGUUCAUAUGAGUAGUGACUCCAACUUUAGACCGCAAAAGAGCUGGGAAUCCUAGGGCUGAAUGCAGAAGACAGUGGCUGUCCUGGGAGGGGGGAUCGGGGGCCUGUCAGCCUGCUUCCACCUCAGCAAGAGCCCCCAGGUCUCCAAGAUAGUGCUGCUGGAGAGGGCUGGACGGUUCGGAGGCUGGCUAAGCUCAACUCGUAGGGAGGAUGGAGCUGUGUUUGAACAUGGACCCAGAGGGAUUCGACCUGCAGGAGCCGUGGGACGAAACACACUCAACAUGGUGGAAGAGUUGGGGCUGGAGAGCGAGGUCCUCCCAGUCACCUAUGAUCACGUGGCCUCUAAGAACCGUUACCUCUACGUGGGAGGCCAGCUACACAAGAUGCCUUCUGGCUUAGGUGGAGUAGUGCGUACAGUCCCUCCGUUCUCUCGUCCUCUGGUCCAGAGCGUACUGAAGGAGAUACUGAUCAGCAGAGGAAAGGAGGAGGAUGAGUCUGUUCAUUCCUUCGUGUCGAGAAGGCUGGGUACUGAGCUUGCAGACAUUGCCAUCGACAGCCUGUGCAGGGGAGUGUUUGCAGGGGACUGCAGGAAGCUGAGUGUGCGCUCUUGUCUCCCGCCACUCUACAACGCAGAGAAGGCCAGAGGUUCCAUCGUCCUGGGGAUGUUGCUGGGCUCAGGCCCUGGACCAGACGUACCCCCCUCUACCCUGGCCAAGAGGGCCGCUCAGGAGAACUGGGCCCAGUGGUCACUGAAGAGGGGCUUACAGAACCUUCCAGAAGCCCUGGAGGAGAGGAUGAGGAAUGGGGGACGUGUAGAGGUGCACAGAGACACCCCUGUGAUGGGGCUAAGUACUAAUGGCACCGGCUGGGAGAUUCAACUGGAGGACGGCACCAUCAAAGCUGAUCAUAUCAUUUCUGCUCUACCCGCAAAAGCUCUGGCCUCAGCACUGCCCUCUGCUGCACAACCCCUGUCACAGCAGCUACUGGAGAUCGCCACAGUGACUGUUGCCGUGGUAAACCUGGAAUACGAGGGUUCCGUCCUGCCUGUCACGGGCUUUGGCCACCUGGUGCCAUCCUCAGAAGACAGAGGUCUCCUAGGGGUGGUCUAUGACUCUGUGCCCUUCCCUCAGCACAACCGCACUGGAGGACCCACCACCAGACUAACAGUGAUGAUGGGCGGGGCCUGGUUCCAGGAAGUGUUUGGGAAUCCAGAGGAAGUGACUGAGCAGCUCCUCCUGGAUAGGGCCACCCAGGCCGUGACAUCACACCUAGGUGUUACCACACCACCUAUCUGGAGCAUCGUUGCAUUACUCAAGGACUGCAUUCCUCAAUAUUACCUUGGACACUGGAAACGACUUGAAAAAAUGAGACAGUACAUCAGAGACCACAAUCUACCCCUUAGUCUGGCUGGGUCCUCUUAUGAUGGCGUCUCGGUCAAUGAUGUCAUCUUCAGUGGACGGACGGCAGCAGAGGGCCUUGUGGGAAAAGUCUAACCAGACGUUCAGGUUCCAACCAUGGAUAUAAGCUUAUAUUGUUAAGAGAUCUUGUUUUUUUCCCCAAUCACAUUGCGUUCUACAUUUAGUUUUGCUUUUACACAACUGUAUCACAACCGGCCAUGAUUGGAAGUCCCAUAGGGCGGCGCACAAUUGGCCCAGCGUCGUCCGGGUUUGGCCGUCAUUGUAAAUAAGAAUUUGUUCUUAACUGACUUGCCUAGUUAAAUAAAGGUUAAAUAAAAAUACGAAUAAAAUGUACAUACAACUUACUAGUCACCCUCUUCAUUUAAUCCCUCUGCAAAGGGAUGUCAUUCUCACGCAAUAUCCUUGAUUUAAAAGCAGCAUAUUUAUGAAGUUUUCCAUUUCUAUCUCAUUUGGACAAAGUACAGCUUGAACCUCUAGAGAUGAUUCUAUCAGAAACAAAACUCUGUCUGAGACAUCACCACUAGCCUGGAAAUAACAGGUAACCCACAGAACAGUUCUCGUUCUAAUAAAAUAUUGUUUUUUGAAAUAAAGGGUUGGAUGAA